CAUCUCCAAGUUCCUGCAGUUCCAGCUCACCGUCAACGUGGUGGCCGUGAUCGUGGCCUUCACUGGAGCCUGCAUCACCCAGGAUUCCCCACUGAAGGCCGUGCAGAUGUUGUGGGUGAAUCUCAUCAUGGACACCUUUGCCUCGCUGGCCCUGGCCACAGAGCCUCCUACAGACUCUCUGCUGAAGCGCCGGCCCUACGGGCGCAAUAAGCCUCUGAUCUCGCGCACCAUGAUGAAGAACAUCCUGGGUCACGCCGUCUAUCAGCUCACCGUCAUCUUUUUCCUUCUCUUUGCGGCGGAAGGAGAGCGCCUCUGCAGUCUCCGCCCAGCCAGCACUACACUAUUAUUUUCAACACCUUCGUGCUCGAUGCAGCUCUUCAACGAAAUCAACUCCCGCAAGAUCCACGGGGAGAGGAAUGUCUUCUCGGGCAUCUUCCACAAUCUCAUUUUCUGCUCAGUGGUGCUGGGCACAUUCAUCGCCAGGUGA